GAAACUGCUGGACCGGAGGGGAGAAACGCGGGACGGUGCAGGGACGGCGCACGCAGAGGCUGCCAAGAGAAAGCGAUGGAAACCCCAGGGAAAGGCAGACCCGCCGGGAAGAUGACAGCCAUGGCUCGCAGCCUGUCCCAAUUAAUGGAUUCUGACAUGGAUUAUGAGAGGCCAAACGUAGAAACUAUCAAGUGCGUCGUGGUCGGGGACAACGCGGUGGGCAAGACCCGGCUCAUCUGUGCCCGUGCCUGCAACGCCACGCUGACCCAGUACCAGCUCCUUGCCACCCACGUGCCCACGGUGUGGGCCAUCGACCAGUACCGCGUCUGCCAGGAGGUGCUGGAGCGCUCCCGGGAUGUGGUAGAUGAUGUUAGUGUGUCCUUGCGCCUCUGGGACACCUUUGGUGACCACCACAAAGACCGACGCUUUGCCUAUGGCAGGUCCGAUGUCGUGGUUCUGUGCUUCUCCAUCGCUAACCCCAACUCCCUGCACCAUGUGAAGACCAUGUGGUACCCGGAGAUCAAGCACUUCUGUCCCCGUGCGCCCGUCAUCCUGGUGGGCUGCCAGCUCGACCUGCGCUACGCCGACCUGGAGGCUGUCAAUCGGGCACGGAGACCCUUGGCCAGGCCAAUCAAACCUAAUGAGAUCCUUCCCCCGGAGAAGGGGAGGGAGGUAGCCAAGGAGCUGGGGAUCCCCUAUUACGAGACGAGCGUGGUGGCCCAAUUUGGCAUCAAGGACGUCUUUGACAAUGCCAUCCGUGCCGCCCUCAUCUCCCGCCGUCACCUGCAGUUCUGGAAGUCCCACCUCCGCAACGUGCAGCGACCCCUACUCCAAGCCCCCUUCCUGCCCCCCAAGCCCCCUCCUCCCAUCAUCAUCGUCCCAGACCCCCCUUCCAACAACGAGGAGCGCCCAGCCCACCUCUUGGAGGACCCCCUGUGCGCCGACGUCAUCCUGGUGCUGCAAGAGAAGAUCAAAAUCUACGCACACAAGAUCUACCUCUCCACCUCCUCCUCCAAAUUUUACGACCUGUUCCUCAUGGACCUGAGCGAGGAGGACCAGCAGAGCACGGCGGGGCACGGCUUCGGGGGGGCCGGCACCGCCGCCGCCCGGAGGAUGCUCCUCAUCUCUGGAGCCUCUGCUGUCCCCUCUCCAGCAGUUCCCUGUCCUUGUGGAACUGGGGAGCCCAGAACUGGUCCCAGUACUCCAGUUCAAGGACUCAGGGUGGUGUUUCUGUUCCUGCAGGUGCUGGAGCGCUCCCGGGAUGUGGUAGAUGAUGUUAGUGUGUCCUUGCGCCUCUGGGACACCUUUGGUGACCACCACAAAGACCGACGCUUUGCCUAUGGCAGGUCCGAUGUCGUGGUUCUGUGCUUCUCCAUCGCUAACCCCAACUCCCUGCACCAUGUGAAGACCAUGUGGUACCCGGAGAUCAAGCACUUCUGUCCCCGUGCGCCCGUCAUCCUGGUGGGCUGCCAGCUCGACCUGCGCUACGCCGACCUGGAGGCUGUCAAUCGGGCACGGAGACCCUUGGCCAGGCCAAUCAAACCUAAUGAGAUCCUUCCCCCGGAGAAGGGGAGGGAGGUAGCCAAGGAGCUGGGGAUCCCCUAUUACGAGACGAGCGUGGUGGCCCAAUUUGGCAUCAAGGACGUCUUUGACAAUGCCAUCCGUGCCGCCCUCAUCUCCCGCCGUCACCUGCAGUUCUGGAAGUCCCACCUCCGCAACGUGCAGCGGCUCCAACCCCCCUUCCUGCCCCCCAAGCCCCCUCCUCCCAUCAUCAUCGUCCCAGACCCCCCUUCCAACAACGAGGAGCGCCCAGCCCACCUCUUGGAGGACCCCCUGUGCGCCGACGUCAUCCUGGUGCUGCAAGAGAAGAUCAAAAUCUACGCACACAAGAUCUACCUCUCCACCUCCUCCUCCAAAUUUUACGACCUGUUCCUCAUGGACCUGAGCGAGGAGGACCAGCAGAGCACGGCGGGGCACGGCUUCGGGGUGGCCGUCACCGCCGCCGCCGAGAGGAUGCUCCACCAAGAGGAGAGGCACCACGGGCGGGAUUUCCUCCUCCGAGCUGCUAGUUUUGAUAUCUGUGAGAGCACCGAGGAGGCCGGAUCCGGCCAACGCAAACCGUGCCUUAGAGCCUCCACCAGUGAUGGCAUCUUGCGGGGCAACCGCUACGAGAACGGGGAGCACGGACUGCGGCGAGGAAGGGACCUCUCUUCUUGGAGCAGGGCUUUCACCAGCAUCCAGGAGGAGAUGGCGGAAGACCCCUUGACCUACAAGUCCAAGCUCAUGGUGGUGGUGAAGAUGGAUGCUUCCAUCCAGCCUGGUCCUUUCCGGGCCGUGUUGAAAUACCUGUACACGGGGGAGUUGGAUGAGAACGAGCGGGACCUCAUGCACAUCGCUCACAUCGCCGAGCUGCUGGAGGUGUUCGACCUCCGCAUGAUGGUGGCCAACAUCCUCAACAACGAGGCGUUCAUGAACCAGGAGAUCACCAAAGCCUUCCACGUCCGGAGGACCAACCGGGUGAAGGAAUGCCUGGCCAAGGGGACUUUCUCGGAUGUCACCUUCGUGCUGGAUGACGGUGCUAUCAGUGCCCACAAGCCCCUGCUCAUCUCCAGCUGCGACUGGAUGGCCGCGAUGUUCGGCGGCCCCUUCGUGGAGAGCUCCACCAAUGAGGUGGCACUUCCUUACACCAGCAAGAGCUGCAUGCGGGCGGUGCUGGAGUACCUCUACACCGGGCAGUUCAGCUCCAGCCCCGACCUUGACGACAUGAAGCUCAUCAUCCUCGCCAACCGCCUCUGCCUGCCACAUCUGGUGGCUCUCACCGAGCAGUACACCGUCACCGGUCUGAUGGAGGCAGCCCAGAUGAUGGUGGACAUCGAUGGGGACGUGCUGGUGUUCCUGGAGCUGGCUCAGUUCCACUGCGCCUACCAGCUCGCCGACUGGUGCCUCCACCACAUCUGCACCAACUACAACAACGUCUGCCGCAAGUUCCCCCGGGACAUGAAGGCCAUGUCAGGAGAGAACCAGGAGUACUUCGAGAAGCACCGCUGGCCGCCGGUGUGGUACCUGAAGGAGGAGGAUCACUACCAGCGGGCGAAGAAGGAGCGGGAGAAGGAAGACUACCUCCACCUCAAACGGCAGCCCAAGAGGCGGUGGCUCUUCUGGAACGCUUCCUCCUCUCCUUCCUCCUCUCCUUCAUCGUCGGCAGCCACAGCCUCCUCUUCCUCCCCCUCCUCCUCCUCCUCGGCUGUGGUUUGAGAGCCCGUCCUUGCCCUGGCUCCAGCAUCCCUGGGAGGAGACGGGGAGGAGGAGGAAGAGGGGGAUGACCUGCCCCAGCGCCAGGCGUGGAGGGGACGCCGCCGGCCGCAGCCCCGGAGGACACGGUGGUAGCAGGGGGGGCUCAGCCAGCCCCCCAGGAGCUCCUGGAGCCCUGCUCUCUCCCCACGUGGUGGGGUCCGAAACCCCAGAGCAGAGACCGAGCAGCAGGAGAAACUCAUGUUUACAGGAGCACGAGGGCUGCGUUGUGGUUUUAUUUUGGAUUUUGGGGGGGGGUUUUUUGGCUUUUUUUCUUUUUGGAACAUCACAGCAUGAGGAAGAAGAAGAAACCCAUCCUGCCUCCACUUUCAUUCAGAACCAGAAGCUGCAGGAUUAUGAUUUCUUUGGCUGAUUGAUGGCAUCUCACCACCCCAGGCAGCCAGAGCUGCAAUGGGGGGGGGGGGGGGUCCU